UCAGCUGGUGUAAAAGAGCCUAUGCACAAAAGGUAUGCGGAGAAAUUCUGCGAAAGACUAAGCGUGUCGACUACGAUGAGAGAAGCGAGAAGGGGUGGUCGCCUAGGAUGGUUGAGUCUGCGUCAAGUGAUGAUCAAAUCUCUGUUGGACAGUAUACGAACAGCGUAAAUAAUCCGACAAGCCCUGCAAUCGAAUCGCUGGAUCUGGAAAUCCCUGCCAAUGAAGGCAUUGAGGACAAUGGAUCUACAGUGGAAUCAAAUCCAAUGGAAAAUUUGUCGCUAGAGACUAAUGAUCAUCGUGUCAGUCAGUUGUUUGCUGUCAGCAAUCAGGCGAUUUCCAAGAUCCUAGGAGACACUCAAAUUGAAUGCGAAAAAAUAAGAUCUGAAAGUGAAGAAAAUUGCUUGCGUAUACGAGCCGAAACGUCAAAACAGCUUGAGCAAAUGCGCCUCGAAACGUCAAAACGGCUCGAGCAAAUGCGCCUCGAAACGUCAAAACAGCUCGAGCAAAUGCGCCUCGAAAGCAAAGAAAAAAUUGCUAGGAUCGAAGCAGAAAAUAAUUUGAAAAUUGCGGAGCUGUUCAUUGCCGAUAAUCAUGUCCGGAGCGUUAGCGGAGGACUUGACGCAGUCUAACAUCCAAAAA